AUGACUGCCGCCGAACAGCUCCCUCUUCAAGCCUCUCCGGCUUCCACUCCCGGCAAGGACCAGCAGCACGUCGUCCGACGUCGCAGAAAGUCAAGCUUGCGAGGUCACGGUCAGCCCUCGUCCGCCGCAGCCAAGCAGGACAAACUCGACAAGCUCUCCAAGCGCAGUCGCGCUCGCGCAAUCCUCCGCCGCUGCAAGCACAUCGCCAUCAAGCACACAUGGACGACUCCUCUCGUCCUCGCCCUUGCUUUCCUGUCAACCUACGCCGUCAAUCCCACAGAAUCCAACAUUGUCCACAAGUUCAUCUUCCUGUCCUACAAGCUGCCCCAGGCCGCCGAUGAUGACUCCCCGGCGCAGUACGGAAAGGGUCCUUGGGACAUUGCCUUUGUCUUCUUCUACUCAAUCGUCCUGAGCUUCACCCGCGAGUUCGUCAUGCAGGAGCUCCUCCGUCCGCUGGCCAAGUUCUACAACAUCCGCUCCCGGGGCAAGCAGCUGCGCUUCAUGGAGCAGGGAUACACUGCCAUCUACUUUGCGAUUCUCGGCCCCGCCGGCUUGUACGUCAUGAGCCGCACUCCGGUUUGGUACUUCAACACCACCGGCAUGUACGAGUCCUUCCCCCACAAGACCCAUGAGGCCGUCGUCAAGUUCUACUACCUCUUCGAGGCCGCCUACUGGGCCCAGCAGGCCCUCGUCAUGCUCCUCGGCAUGGAGAAGCCGCGCAAGGACUACUACGAGCUCGUCGCCCAUCACAUUGUCACUCUUGCCCUCAUCGGUCUCAGCUACCGCUUUCACUUCACCUACAUGGGUAUCGCCGUGUACUUGACACACGACAUCAGUGAUUUCUUCAUGGCUGCAAGUCUUCCCGCGCGUAACCCUCCCCGAGGAGCCUAG